AUGUCCGACCAAGCUGAAAGGGUGCUGGUGAUUCAAGACACAUCAAGGGCGCUCCGUACAGAUGCCAUCAAGUCGACCCUUCAUGCAUUGUCACUUAAGCCUGGUGACAAAAUCAAGCUUCUUGGAGUCAUUGAUCAUCAUAUCAGCACUCCUAAAACUUUUUCUAUUUUUUGCUGCGGGCUACUGCUAGCAUACAAGGCCAAAUUGCACACAAGUGCUACAAUCUCAAGCAAACUGGAAACCAUCGAAAAGGAUUGUACGAAAAAGCUUGAAGAGUAUCAGAACCAUACAGAGAUCAAGGAGUUGCUUAAGCUGCCUGAGAUGCAGCAGAUUGAGUUUGACAUGACAGUAGAGGCUGGGAACUCAUUGAAAGAGGUCGCUAUACAAGCUGCCAGCAAUUUCGAUGCAACUUACGUGUUCCUUGACAAGCACAUGAAGAAGGAUCGGAGGUAUUUUAUGGACAAUCUCUCAUGUGGAAUAUUGAGAAUGAAGCAAGAUGGCAGUGUUGAACAUUUAAGGGAACCUAAGGCAGCAGAAAUCCAAAAGAUGCCCACAGCCGUAGACCAGAGCAGCCAUGUUGACUUUGCAAAUUCUAGAAGGGAAGAACAAGAAGGCCUAUUUGGAACAUCCAUAUGUUCAUUGUGCAUGAACGUGAGGCCGAGGGUUGGGCAUUUUAGGGAAUUCACUUAUGCCGAGCUCCAAUUCGCUACGAAUGGGUUUUCCCCACAAAAUUUGCUGCCAAGCCACGGGAAGAAAACCUACAGAGGAGUGUUGAGUGGUGGAGAAAAUAUUGUAGUUAAAAAACAUACUUCAGGAACAAUCAAAGAGCUUCAAUUUCAGACACAGGUUCUAUUGCUUGGAAAGAUGGCCAGACAUGACAAUCUUGCCAUGCUGUUGGGCUCAUGUUCAGAAGGUCUUAACAGAUUACUAAUCUAUGAGUAUGUCUGCAAUGGUUCUCUCAACUGGCAUCUAUCAAGUAAGAACCACGCAAAAAUUCUUUAA